AUGAAAAUCGCAACCUUUUCUUCGUUUCUGUUCCUCUGUGCUGAUUCUGGAAGUGGUUAUAGGCUCGAGUCAAAUGCAGGGGCCAGCAGCAGCGCGCCUCUGCCUGUUUUAGACACAGGGGAAGAUGGGAUGCAGUGGAGUCUUCCAGAUGGGCGUACAGCCGAAGCUCCUGGGGAAAACGACAAACCCAGCAACGCACCACUCCCGCAAACAUCUUUUGCAGAGGACGGCGGGACCGCUGUGGUUUCCGGCGCAGCCGACUCGGGGGCUGGCACAGCAGAUGUGCAGCAAACGCCAAGCAAGCAGCCGAAGCAGAUAAGGAAAGGCGCAGCUCAUGUUCCUGAAAUGCAAGAGCUCGCCAGCGUCGUGAAGAUAUUCGUUGACACCGUCGCAGCAGACUUCGUUUCGCCGUGGCAGAUGAUGGCUCCGAAGGAGCACAGCGGGUCCGGGUUUGUAGUGGAAGGCCAAAUGAUUAUGACGAACGCACACGUUGUAGCCAACCAGACGCGCGUGCUGGUGCGAAGGCAUGGAAAUCCAAAGCGUUUCCUUGCAAAGGUUAUUGCUGUUUGCCACGAAUGCGACUUGGCGUUGGUAACGGUCGAUGAUGAGGAUUUCUGGCGCGGGCUGAAACCAUUGCCUUUCGGAGGAGUUCCACACCUGCGGGAAACUGUUGUUGUGCUCGGAUAUCCCACGGGGGGAGACCAGUUGAGUAUUACGGAAGGCGUGGUCAGCCGGGUGGGGGUUUCUACGUAUGCACAUUCUUACCUUGGGCUUCUUACAGUGCAGAUCGAUGCCCCUAUAAACCCAGGAAACUCGGGUGGUCCGGCAAUAUCAGAGGGAAAGGUUGUGGGAGUUGCAUUUCAAGGAUUCAGCGAAAUGCAGAAUGUUGGGUACAUAGUUCCAUUUCCGGUGAUUCGGCACUUUUUAAAUGAUAUUGCGCUGCAUAAAAGGCACACCGGCAUCGUCUCCAUGGGGAUAAAAGCUCAAACUAUGGAAAAUGAAGGGGAAGAUAGCGCUUCCUAUUUCACGAUAUGA